AUGAAGGCGAUAGUCAACCUCACCACCAAUCUCCUCCACACCAUUAACGAAGUUGACGAAACGGAGGGCGAAGACAUAACACCAAACACCUUUCCCAGGCGAAACAGCUUGCCCACACCUCUCGGUAGUGUCACGACCUCGCACGGUAAAGGUGCCUCCACAUCCACGACAGAAGAGGCACCACCAGCAGUGAAAAAGUUACUUGAGGCAUGCUUGACAAACACGCUAACCAGCUUCCUCGACAAGAUCGCUUGGAGGUCGAGUAGGGAAGAGACAAGGGCCGGUGUCGCAUCAGCAGUGUACGAGCAGCACCCCCUCCCUCCCGCAACAGGUAUUACUCACAAUGUUAGUGAUGCAGAAAUAGUCUAUGCACUGGAGAAGCUCGGCCCAAAAAGUGAAAUAGCCACAGAAGAUGAGAUCCGACCCGAGCACCAGAAAGUCAAAUGCCCUUUGCCAAUUGCACCAGGAGCGGGGGAAUAUUUGGCUGUAACAUUUGGCUUCUUGAUACACUCUUUAACUCCAAAGAAGCGAGGAAGGAAGCCAGCAAAUGGACGGGAGGAACCUUUGAAUCACGUCGAAGCAGAGAGGCAAAGGAGAGAGAAAUUAAACCAAAGGUUCUACGCAUUAAGAGCUGUUGUUCCGAAUGUGUCCAAGAUGGACAAGGCAUCACUGCUUGGAGAUGCAAUUUCAUAUAUUAAUGAGCUGAAGUUGAAGCUUCAAAAUAUAAAAACAGAUUGA